AUGGCGGUCAUAUCAUACAAGCGCUUGGCUUUGCGGUCGUACGUGCAUGUCAUGUCGCCGAUUUUGUCUCCCACUCUGUCUCCCACUCUGUCUCCCACUCUGUCUCCCACUCUGUCUCCCACUCUGUCUCCCACUCUGUCUCCCACUCUGUCUCCCACUCUGUCUCCCACUCUGUCUCCCACUCUGUCUCCCACUCUGUCUCCCACUCUGUCUCACUCUGUCUCCCACUCUGUCUCCCACUCUGUCUCCCACUCUGUCUCCCACUCUGUCUCCCACUCUGUCUCCCACUCUGUCUCCCACUCUGUCUCCCACUCUGUCUCCCACUCUGUCUCCCACUCUGUCUCCCACUCUGUCUCCCACUCCGUGUCUCCCACUCUGUCUCCCACUCUGUCUCUCCCACUCUGUCUCCCACUCUGUCUCCCACUCUGUCUCCCACUCUGUCUCCCACUCUGUCUCCCACUCUGUCUCCCACUCUGUCUCCCACUCUGUCUCCCACUCUGGUCUCCCACUCUGUCUCCCACUCUGUCUCCCACUCUGUCUCCCACUCUGUCUCCCACUCUGUCUCCCACUCUGUCUCCCCACUCUGUCUCCCACUCUGUCUCCCACUCUGUCUCCCACUCUGUCUCCCCACUCUGUCUCCCACUCUGUCUCCCACUCUGUCUCCCACUCUGUCUCCCACUCUGUCUCCCACUCUGUCUCCCACUCUGUCUCCCACUCUGCCUCCCACUCUGUCUCCCACUCUGUCUCCCACUCUGUCUCCCACUCUGUCUCCCACUCUGUCUCCCACUCUGUCUCCCACUCUGUCUCCCACUCUGUCUCCACUCUGUCUCCCACUCUGUCUCCCACUCUGUCUCCCACUCUGUCUCCCACUCUGUCUCCCACUCUGUCUCCCACUCUGUCUCCCACUCUGUCCUCCCACUCUGUCUCCCACUCUGUCUCCCACUCUGUCUCCCACUCUGUCUCCCACUCUGUCUCCCACUCUGUCUCCCACUCUGUCUCCCACUCUGUCUCCCACUCUGUCUCCCACUCUGUCUCCCACUCUGUCUCCCACUCUGUCUCCCCACUCUGUCUCCCACUCUGUCUCCCCACUCUGUCUCCCACUCUGUCUCCCACUCUGUCUCCCACUCUGUCUCCACUCUGUCUCCCACUCUGUCUCCCACUCUGUCUCCCACUCUGUCUCCCACUCUGUCUCCCACUCUGUCUCCCACUCUGUCUCCCACUCUGUCUCCCACUCUGUCUCCCACUCUGUCUCCCACUCUGUCUCCCACUCUGUCUCCCACUCUGUCUCCCACUCUGUCUCCCACUCUGUCUCCCACUCUGUUCUCCCACUGCUUGUCUCCCACUCUGUCUCCCACUCUGUCUCCCACUCUGUCUCCCACUCUGUCUCCCACUCUGUCUCCCACUCUGUCUCCCACUCUGUCUCCCACUCUGUCUCCCACUCUGUCUCCCACUCUGUCUCCCACUCUGUCUCCCACUCUGUCUCCCACUCUGUCUCCCACUCUGUCUCCCACUCUGUCUCCCACUCUGUCUCCCACUCUGUCUCCCACUCUGUCUCCCACUCUGUCUCCCACUCUGUCUCCCACUCUGUCUCCCACUCUGUCUCCCACUCUGUCUCCCACUCUGUCUCCCACUCUGUCUCCCACUCUGUCUCCCACUCUGUCUCCCACUCUGUCUCCCACUCUGUCUCCCACUCUGUCUCCCACUCUGUCUCCCACUCUGUCUCCCACUCUGUCUCCCACUCUGUCUCCCACUCUGUCUCCCACUCUGUCUCCCACUCUGUCUCCCACUCUGUCUCCCACUCUGUCUCCCACUCUGUCUCCCACUCUGUCUCCCACUCUGUCUCCCACUCUGUCUCCCACUCUGUCUCCCACUCUGUCUCCCACUCUGUCUCCCACUCUGUCUCCCACUCUGUCUCCCACUCUGUCUCCCACUCUGUCUCCCACUCUGUCUCCCACUCUGUCUCCCACUCUGUCUCCCACUCUGUCUCCCACUCUGUCUCCCACUCUGUCCUCCCACUCUGUCUCCCACUCUGUCUCCCACUCUGUCUCCCACUCUGUCUCCCACUCUGCCUCCCACUCUGUCUCCACUCUGUCCCACUCUGUCUCCCACUCUGUCUCCAGUCUGUCUCCCACUCUGUCUCCCACUCUGUCUCCCACUCUGUCUCCACUCUGUCUCCCACUCUGUCUCCCACUCUGUCUCCCACUCUGUCUCCCACUCUGUCUCCCACGCUGUAUCCCCCUCUGUCUCCCACUCUGUCUCCCACUCUGUCUCCCACUCUGUCUCCCACUCUGUCUCCCACUCUGUCUCCCACUCUGUCUCCCACCUCUGUCUCCCACUCUGUCUCCCACUCUGUCUCCAUCGUCUCCACUCUGUCUCCCACUCUGUCUCCCACUCAUGUCUCCCACUCUGUCUCCCACUCUGUCUCCCACUCUGUCUCCCACUCUGUCUCCCACUCUGUCUCCCACUCUGUCUCCCACUCUGUCUCCCACUCUGUCUCCACUCUGUCUCCCCACUCUGUCUCCCACUCUGUCUCCCACUCUGUCUCCCACUCUGUCUCCCACUCUGUCUCCCACUCUGUCUCCCACUCUGUCUCCCACUCUGUCUCCCACUCUGUCUCCCACUCUGUCUCCCACUCUGUCCUCCCACUCUGUCUCCACUCUGUCUCCCACUCUGUCUCCCACUCUGUCUCCCACUACUGUCUCCCACUCUGUCUCCACUCUGUCUCCCACUCUGUCCUCCCACUCUGUCUCCACUCUGUCUCCCACUCUGUCUCCCACUCUGUCUCCCACUCUGUCUCCCACUCUGUCUCCCACUCUGUCUCCCACUCUGUCUCCCACUCUGUCUCCCACUCUGUCUCCCACUCUGUCUCCCACUCUGUCUCCCACUCUGUCUCCCACUCUGUCUCCACUCUGUCUCCCACUCUGUCUCCCACUCUGUCUCCCACUCUGUCUCCCACUCUGUCUCCCACUCUGUCUCCCACUCUGUCUCCCACUCUGUCUCCCACUCUGUCUCCCACUCUGUCUCCCACUCUGUCUCCCACUCUGUCUCCCACUCUGUCUCCCACUCUGUCUCCCACUCUGUCUCCCACUCUGUCUCCCACUCUGUCUCCCACUCUGUCUCCCACUCUGUCUCCCACUCUGUCUCCCACUCUGUCUCCCACUCUGUCUCCCACUCUGUCUCCCACUCUGUCUCCCACUCUGUCCUCCCACUCUGUCUCCCACUCUGUCUCCCACUCUGUCUCCCACUCUGUCUCCCACUCUGUCUCCCACUCUGUCUCCCACUCUGUCUCCCACUCUGUCUCCCACUCUGUCUCCCACUCUGUCUCCCACCUCUGUCUCCCACUCUGUCUCCCACUCUGUCUCCCACUCUGUCUCCCACUCUGUCUCCCACUCUGUCUCCCACUCUGUCUCCCACUCUGUCUCCCACUCUGUCUCCCACUCUGUCUCCCACUCUGUCUCCCACUCUGUCUCCCACUCUGUCUCCCACUCUGUCUCCCACUCUGUCUCCCACUCUGUCUCCCCCUCUUCUCCACUCUGUCUCCCACUCUGUCUCCCACUCUGUCUCCCACUCUGUCUCCCACUCUGUCUCCCACUCUGUCUCCCACUCUGUCUCCCACUCUGUCUCCCACUCUGUCUCCCACUCUGUCUCCCACUCUGUCUCCCACUCUGUCUCCCACUCUGUCUCCCACUCUGUCUCCCACUCUGUCUCCCACUCUGUCCUCCCACUCUGUCUCCCACUCUGUCUCCCACUCUGUAUCCCACUCUGUCUCCCACUCUGUCUCCCACUCUGUCUCCCACUCUGUCUCCCACUCUGUCUCCCACUCUGUCUCCACUCUGUCUCCCACUCUGUCUCCCACUCUGUCUCCCACUCUGUCUCCCACUCUGUCUCCCACUCUGUCUCCCACUCUGUCUCCCACUCUGUCUCCCACUCUGUCUCCCACUCUGUCUCCCACUCUGUCUCCCACUCUGUCUCCCACUCUGUCUCCCACUCUGUCUCCCACUCUGUCUCCGCACUCUGUCUCCCACUCUGUCUCCCACUCUGUCUCCCACUCUGUCUCCCACUCUGUCUCCCACUCUGUCUCCCACUCUGUCUCCCACUCUGUCUCCACUCUGUCUCCCACUCUGUCUCCCACUCUGUCUCCCACUCUGUCUCCCACUCUGUCUCCCACUCUGUCUCCCACUCUGUCUCCCACUCUGUCUCCCACUCUGUCUCCCACUCUGUCUCCCACUCUGUCUCCCACUCUGUCUCCCACUCUGUCUCCCACUCUGUCUCCCACUCUGUCUCCACUCUGUCUCCCACUCUGUCUCCCACUCUGUCUCCCACUCUGUCUCCCACUCUGUCUCCCACUCUGUCUCCCACUCUGUCUCCCACUCUGUCUCCCACUCUGUCUCCCACUCUGUCUCCCACUCUGUCUCCCACUCUGUCUCCCACUCUGUCUCCCACUCUGUCUCCCACUCUGUCUCCCACUCUGUCUCCCACUCUGUCUCCCACUCUGUCUCCCACUCUGUCUCCCACUCUGUCUCCCACUCUGUCUCCCCACUCUGUCUCCCACUCUGUCUCCACUCUGUCUCCCACUCUGUCUCCCACUCUGUCUCCCACUCUGUCUCCCACUCUGUCUCCCACUCUGUCUCCCACUCUGUCUCCCACUCUGUCUCCCACUCUGUCUCCCACUCUGUCUCCCACUCUGUCUCCCACUCUGUCUCCCACUCUGUCCUCCCACUCUGUCUCCCACUCUGUCUCCCACUCUGUCUCCCACUCUGUCUCCCACUCUGUCUCCCACUCUGUCUCCCACUCUGUCUCCCACUCUGUCUCCCACUCUGUCUCCCACUCUGUCUCCACUCUGUCUCCCACUCUGUCUCCCACUCUGUCUCCCACUCUGUCUCCCACUCUGUCUCCCACUCUGUCUCCCACUCUGUCUCCCACUCUGUCUCCCACUCUGUCUCCACUCUGUCUCCCCACUCUGUCUCCCACUACUGUCUCCCACUCUGUCUCCCACUCUGUCUCCCACUCUGUCUCCCACUCUGUCUCCCACUCUGUCUCCCACUCUGUCUCCACUCUGUCUCCCACUCUGUCUCCCACUCUGUCUCCCACUCUGUCUCCCACUCUGUCUCCCACUCUGUCUCCCACUCUGUCUCCCACCUCUGUCUCCCACUCUGUCCUCCCACUCUGUCUCCCACUCUGUCUCCCACUCUGUCUCCCACUCUGUCUCCCACUCUGUCUCCACUCUGUCUCCCACUCUGUCUCCCACUCUGUCUCCCACUCUGUCUCCCACUCUGUCUCCCACUCUGUCUCCCACUCUGUCUCCCACUCUGUCUCCCACUCUGUCUCCCACUCUGUCUCCCACUCUGUCUCCCACUCUGUCUCCCACUCUGUCUCCCACUCUGUCUCCCACUCUGUCUCCCACUCUGUCUCCCACUCUGUCUCCCACUCUGUCUCCCACUCUGUCUCCCACUCUGUCUCCCACUCUGUCUCCCACUCUGUCUCCCACUCUGUCUCCCACUCUGUCUCCCACUCUGUCUCCCACUCUGUCUCCCACUCUGUCUCCCUCUGUCUCCCACUCUGUCUCCCACUCUGUCUCCCACUCUGUCUCCCACUCUGUCUCCCACUCUGUCUCCCACUCUGUCUCCCACUCUGUCUCCCACUCUGUCUCCCACUCUGUCUCCCACUCUGUCUCCCACUCUGUCUCCCACUCUGUCUCCCACUCUGUCUCCCACUCUGUCUCCCACUCUGUCUCCCACUCUGUCUCCCACUCUGUCUCCCACUCUGUCUCCCACUCUGUCUCCCACUCUGUCUCCCACUCUGUCUCCCACUCUGUCUCCCACUCUGUCUCCCACUCUGUCUCCCACUCUGUCUCCCACUCUGUCUCCCACUCUGUCUCCCACUCUGUCUCCCACUCUGUCUCCCACUCUGUCUCCCACUCUGUCUCCCACUCUGUCUCCCACUCUGUCUCCCACUCUGUCUCCCACUCUGUCUCCCACUCUGUCUCCCACUCUGUCUCCCACUCUGUCUCCCACUCUGUCUCCCACUCUGUCUCCCACUCUGUCUCCCACUCUGUCUCCCACUCUGUCUCCCACUCUGUCUCCCACUCUGUCUCCCACUCUGUCUCCCCCUCUGUCUCCCACUCUGUCUCCCACUCUGUCUCCCACUCUGUCUCCCACUCUGUCGCCCACUCUGUCUCCCACUCUGUCUCCCACUCUGUCUCCCACUCUGUCUCCCACUCUGUCUCCCACUCUGUCUCCCACUCUGUCCUCCCACUCUGUCUCCCACUCUGUCUCCCACUCUGUCUCCCACUCUGUCUCCCACUCUGUCUCCACUCUGUCUCCCACUCUGUCUCCCACUCUUGUCUCCCACUCUGUCUCCCACUCUGUCUCCCACUCUGUCUCCCACUCUGUCUCCCACUCUGUCUCCCACUCUGUCUCCCACUCUGUCUCCCACUCUGUCUCCCACUCUGUCUCCCACUCUGUCCUCCACUCGUCUCCCACUCUGUCUCCCCACUCUGUCUCCCACUCUGUCUCCCACUCUGUCUCCCACUCUGUCUCCCACUCUGUCUCCCACUCUGUCUCCCACUCUGUCUCCCACUCUGUCUCCCACUCUGUCUCCCACUCUGUCUCCCACUCUGUCUCCCACUCUGUCUCCCACUCGGUCUCCCACUCUGUCUCCCACUCUGUUCUCCCACUCUGUCUCCACUCUGUCUCCCACUCUGUCUCCCACUCUGUCUCCCACUCUGUCUCCCACUCUGUCUCCCACUCUGUCUCCCACUCUGUCUCCCACUCUGUCUCCCACUCUGUCUCCCACUCUGUCUCCCACUCUGUCUCCCACUCUGUCUCCCACUCUGUCUCCCACUCUGUCUCCCACUCUGUCUCCCACUCUGUCUCCCACUCUGUCUCCCACUCUGUCUCCCACUCUGUCUCCCACUCUGUCUCCCACUCUGUCUCCCACUCUGUCUCCCACUCUGUCUCCCACUCUGUCUCCCACUCUGUCUCCCACUCUGUCUCCCACUCUGUCUCCCACUCUGUCUCCCACUCUGUCUCCCACUCUGUCUCCCACUCUGUCUCCCACUCUGUCUCCCACUCUGUCUCCCACUCUGUCUCCCACUCUGUCUCCCACUCUGUCUCCCACUCUGUCUCCCACUCUGUCUCCCACUCUGUCUCCCACUCUGUCUCCCACUCUGUCUCCCACUCUGUCUCCCACUCUGUCUCCCACUCUGUCUCCCACUCUGUCUCCCACUCUGUCUCCCACUCUGUCUCCCACUCUGUCUCCCACUCUGUCUCCCACUCUGUCUCCCACUCUGUCUCCCACUCUGUCUCCCACUCUGUCUCCCACUCUGUCUCCCACUCUGUCUCCCACUCUGUCUCCCACUCUGUCUCCCACUCUGUCUCCCACUCUGUCUCCCACUCUGUCUCCCACUCUGUCUCCCACUCUGUCUCCCACUCUGUCUCCCACUCUGUCUCCCACUCUGUCUCCCACUCUGUCUCCCACUCUGUCUCCCACUCUGUCUCCCACUCUGUCUCCCACUCUGUCUCCCACUCUGUCUCCCACUCUGUCUCCCACUCUGUCUCCCACUCUGUCUCCCACUCUGUCUCCCACUCUGUCUCCCACUCUGUCUCCCACUCUGUCUCCCACUCUGUCUCCCACUCUGUCUCCCACUCUGUCUCCCACUCUGUCUCCCACUCUGUCUCCCACUCUGUCUCCCACUCUGUCUCCCACUCUGUCUCCCACUCUGUCUCCCACUCUGUCUCCCACUCUGUCUCCCACUCUGUCUCCCACUCUGUCUCCCACUCUGUCUCCCACUCUGUCUCCCACUCUGUCUCCCACUCUGUCUCCCACUCUGUCUCCCACUCUGUCUCCCACUCUGUCUCCCACUCUGUCUCCCACUCUGUCUCCCACUCUGUCUCCCACUCUGUCUCCCACUCUGUCUCCCACUCUGUCUCCCACUCUGUCUCCCACUCUGUCUCCCACUCUGUCUCCCACUCUGUCUCCCACUCUGUCUCCCACUCUGUCUCCCACUCUGUCUCCCACUCUGUCUCCCACUCUGUCUCCCACUCUGUCUCCCACUCUGUCUCCCACUCUGUCUCCCACUCUGUCUCCCACUCUGUCUCCCACUCUGUCUCCCACUCUGUCUCCCACUCUGUCUCCCACUCUGUCUCCCACUCUGUCUCCCACUCUGUCUCCCACUCUGUCUCCCACUCUGUCUCCCACUCUGUCUCCCACUCUGUCUCCCACUCUGUCUCCCACUCUGUCUCCCACUCUGUCUCCCACUCUGUCUCCACUCUGUCUCCCACUCUGUCUCCCACUCUGUCUCCCACUCUGUCUCCCACUCUGUCUCCCACUCUGUCUCCCACUCUGUCUCCCACUCUGUCUCCCACUCUGUCUCCCACUCUGUCUCCCACUCUGUCUCCCACUCUGUCUCCCACUCUGUCUCCCACUCUGUCUCCACUCUGUCUCCCACUCUGUCUCCCACUCUGUCUCCCACUCUGUCUCCCACUCUGUCUCCCACUCUGUCUCCCACUCUGUCUCCCACUCUGUCUCCCACUCUGUCUCCCACUCUGUCUCACACUCUGUCUCCCACUCUGUCUCCCACUCUGUCUCCCACUCUGUCUCCCACUCUGUCUCCCACUCUGUCUCCCACUCUGUCUCCCACUCUGGUCUCCCACUCUGUCUCCCACUCUGUCUCCCACUCUGUCUCCCACUCUGUCUCCCACUCUGUCUCCCACUCUGUCUCCCACUCUGUCUCCCACUCUGUCUCCCACUCUGUCUCCCACUCUGUCUCCCACUCUGUCUCCCACUCUGUCUCCCACUCUGUCUCCCACUCUGUCUCCCACUCUGUCUCCCACUCUGUCUCCCACUCUGUCUCCCACUCUGUCUCCCACUCUGUCUCCCACUCUGUCUCCCACUCUGUCUCCCACUCUGUCCUCCCACUCUGUCUCCCACUCUGUCUCCCCACUCUGUCUCCCACUCUGUCUCCCACUCUGUCUCCCACUCUGUCUCCCACUCUGUCUCCCACUCUGUCUCCCACUCUGUCUCCCACUCUGUCUCCCACUCUGUCUCCCACUCUGUCUCCCACUCCUGUCUCCCACUCUGUCUCCCACUCUGUCUCCCACUCUGUCUCCCACUCUGUCUCCCACUCUGUCUCCCACUCUGUCUCCCACUCUGUCUCCCACUCUGUCUCCCACUCUGUCUCCCACUUCUGUCUCCCACUCUGUCUCCCACUCUGUCUCCCACUCUGUCUCCCACUCUGUCUCCCACUCUGUCUCCCACUCUGUCUCCCACUCUGUCUCCCACUCUGUCUCCCACUCUCUGUCUCCCACUCGGUCUCCCACUCUGUCUCCCACUCUGUCUCCCACUCUGUCUCCCACUCUGUCUCCCACUCUGUCUCCCACUCUGUCUCCCACUCUGUCUCCCACUCUGUCUCCCACUCUGUCUCCCACUCUGUCUCCACUCUGUCUCCCACUCUGUCUCCCACUCUGUCUCCCACUCUGUCUCCCACUCUGUCUCCCCACUCUGUCUCCCACUCUGUCUCCCACUCUGUCUCCCACUCUGUCUCCCACUCUGUCUCCCACUCUGUCUCCCACUCUGUCUCCCACUCUGUCUCCCACUCUGUCUCCCACUCUGUCUCCCACUCUGUCUCCCACUCUGUCUCCCACUCUGUCUCCCACUCUGUCUCCCACUCUGUCUCCCACUCUGUCUCCCACUCUGUCUCCCACUCUGUCUCCCACUCUGUCUCCCACUCUGUCUCCCACUCUGUCUCCCACUCUGUCUCCCCACUCUGUCUCCCACUCUGUCUCCACUCUGUCUCCCACUCUGUCUCCCACUCUGUCUCCCACUCUGUCUCCCACUCUGUCUCCCACUCUGUCUCCCACUCUGUCUCCCACUCUGUCUCCCACUCUGUCUCCCACUCUGUCUCCCACUCUGUCUCCCACUCUGUCCUCCCACUCUGUCUCCCACUCUGUCUCCCACUCUGUCUCCCACUCUGUCUCCCACUCUGUCCUCCCACUCUGUCUCCCACUCUGUCUCCCACUCUGUCUCCCACUCUGUCUCCCACUCUGUCCUCCCACUCUGUCUCCCACUCUGUCUCCCACUCUGUCUCCCACUCUGUCUCCCACUCUGUCUCCCACUCUGUCUCCCACCUCUGUCUCCCACUCUGUCCUCCCACUCUGUCUCCCACUCUGUCUCCCACUCUGUCUCCCACUCUGUCUCCACUCUGUCUCCCACUCUGUCUCCCACUCUGUCUCCCACUCUGUCUCCCACUCUGUCUCCCACUCUGUCUCCCACUCUGUCUCCCACUCUGUCUCCCACUCUGUCUCCCACUCUGUCUCCCACUCUGUCUCCCACUCUGUCUCCCACUCUGUCUCCCACUCUGUCUCCCACUCUGUCUCCCACUCUGUCUCCCACUCUGUCUCCCACUCUGUCUCCCACUCUGUCUCCCACUCUGUCUCCCACUCUGUCUCCCACUCUGUCUCCCACUCUGUCUCCCACUCUGUCUCCCACUCUGUCUCCCACUCUGUCUCCCACUCUGUCUCCCACUCUGUCUCCCACUCUGUCUCCCACUCUGUCUCCCACUCUGUCUCCCACUCUGUCUCCCACUCUGUCUCCCACUCUGUCUCCCACUCUGUCUCCCACUCUGUCUCCCAUCUUGUCUCCCACUCUGUCUCCCACUCUGUCUCCCACUCUGUCUCCCACUCUGUCUCCCACUCUGUCUCCCACUCUGUCUCCCACUCUGUCUCCCACUCGUCUCCCACUCUGUCUCCCACUCUGUCUCCCACUCUGUCUCCCACUCUGUCUCCCACUCUGUCUCCCACUCUGUCUCCCACUCUGUCUCCCACUCUGUCUCCCACUCUGGUCUCCCCACUCUGUCUCCCACUCUGUCUCCCCACUCUGUCUCCCACUCUGUCUCCACUCUGCUCCCACUCUGUCUCCCCACUCUGUCUCCCACUCGUCUCCCACUCUGUCUCCCACUCUGUUCCCACUCUGUCUCCACUCUGUCUCCCACUCUGUCUCCCACUCUGUCUCCCACUCUGUCUCCACUCUGUCUCCCACUCUGUCUCCCACUCUGUCUCCCACUCUGUCUCCCGCGAUUGA